UGUUAUUAUGCUGCCAACAGAUAUACACUCGUCUUAAUCAAGUAAACGUGUGCUUUGGAUAUACAGCACUAUUGAAUUCUCUUUCAACCAUCAGCCAUCAGCACACAAUUCCAAUACAGCAAUGAAUUGCUGAGGGGAUCCAGUUCAAGUUUGUUGGUAACAACGUGGACAAACAGCAGAAGGCAAGAGAUCUCAGAAGUGAUCACAGUUGGCACAAGUACCAUAUGUACAGCAUACUUGCUGUACAGAGUCGUAUCCCUACUUCACACCUUCUGCACACUGGAUAUACGGGUAGUCUUUUGGAUAUGUCCGCUAAUGACUUUCUUCCAUCCCUUCAAGAUAUGAAUACGUUCAAGGAUACUCUGAGUAUACUUGUUGCACAACUGCUUACAAAGUUCAUUCAUAGUCUAUCUUUCUUGUCAUCUGUGGUGCCUGAGCAUAUUCUACAUAAAUAUUCAAAUGCAAUGGCUACAUCAUCCACUGUUGCUGUCAUUGACGUCCUCAUGAAGAACGAAGCAGAGAGUAAGGACAUGCUAGACAUUAUGGAGACUAUGCAUGGGUACUUGGGAGAAGGCUAUGCUACAGAGAAACGAGUCCUUUCAGGUGGUGACCAGCUGACAUGCGAAAGACAAAGAGCAUCUCAGAGACAUGUCAUGUGUGGGAAUACAAGCAGGGAGAAACAGCAGAUUUUGGAGCCAGUGGUGGAAGAUUGGCAAGCCAUGGUUGCAUUUUUAGCGGUAAAGAAACAUCAUUUUGAUGAACACACGUCUAAAACCUAAAACCUAAACAUCAAGAGCUGCCUCUUGCUCAAUUAAGGAAAUUAUGCCAUAGCUCGCCAUUAUUGUGACUUGAACUUGCGACCCUUCAAGGUCCCAGAUGUAAACACUCCGUAAGAUGACUCUCUAAC